AUUAACAUCCUGGCGCUAACCAUCAUCUUACUAACAAUCUUCGUCGGGUCUAUCAUUACCAUUCUCAGCAACCACUUAAUCCUAAUAUGAGCUGGCUUAGAAAUAAGCAUGCUAGCCAUUAUCCCCAUCUUAAUAUUCAACUCUAACCCCCGUUCCACAGAAGCAGCUACAAAAUAUUUCCUAAUCCAAGCAACUGCCUCUAUAAUUUUACUCUUAGCCAUUAUCCUAAAUUACCACGACCUAGGAAUUUGACAAUUCCACCACAAUACACAAUUUUACAUCUACUCACUAGUAUUAAUUGCCCUAAUAAUAAAACUAGGCCUAGCCCCAUUUCACUUCUGAGUACCAGAAGUUACCCAAGGGGUCCCAAUCUUAAGCGGACUUCUACUACUCACCUGACAAAAAAUUGCCCCACUAGCCAUCAUAUUUCACAUCUCAUAUUACCUAAAUACUACCAUAGUACCACUAUCAGCUCUAAUAUCAGUCUUUAUUGGCGGCUGAGGAGGACUAAACCAAACACAACUACGAAAAAUCCUAGCCUACUCCUCAAUCGCCCACAUAGGCUGAAUAGUAGCUGUAACCAUAUAUAACCCAACAAUAAUAUUACUAAACCUGGUAAUCUAUAUAUUCCUAACAACAUCAAUAUUUAUCACAGUAUAUAUCUGUACCUCCACAUCCAUUUCCUCAUUCACAAAAAUAUGAAACAAAUCCCCACUACUAAUCUCAACCACCCUAAUCAUCCUAAUAUCAUUAGGUGGUUUACCACCCCUCACAGGAUUCCUACCCAAAUGGAUAAUUAUCAUCGAACUAACAAAAAACAACUGCAUCUUCAUAGCCCUAUCAAUAACAAUAAUAGCCCUACUAAACCUCUACUUCUACACUCGUCUUAUUUAUGCAUCAUCAAUAACAGCCUUCCCUACAUCCAACAACAUAAAAACUAAUACACACCACCAAAACAGUAAAAAACACCCACUUCUAUCACCACUAAUCAUCAUCUCCUCCCUAGCAUUACCACUAUCUCCACUAGUAAGCUCACUAUACU